AUGAGCCGUAUACACUCAGUUUUUCGUCUCUUUAAUCAUUUUCGUACCUUGCUGUCGGUAAAACAAAAAUGAAUUUACAAGCUAACGAGUUGUGAGUGACAGAGGUGGGUGUGUUUUUUUGUUUUUUUUGUCUUUUUCCCGGGCGCUUUGUUUAGUCGCACCUGGCGAGUGGAAAAUAAAUGGAGUCAAGUUUCAACAGGUUUUGAGUGAAGAUGAAACUCAGAGUCACCGGUUCCGACUGAAGCUUUUAAACCUUUUUGUUUUGUUUUGUUUUGUUGGUGAUGGGCUCGGUGACUUCUGCUCUAACGAGGACAAGAAACGCGUUGGUGAAAGUGGGUUCCGAGCCGGAGAACCAUGACCCGGAGAGGAGCCAGUCCGCCCCGGAAUCGGACCGGGCCAAGAAGAAGAGCGCGCGGUUCAACGUCGCGAGCCAAACCGCGCGGCAGAGCUCCCGUCAGUCGCUGUCCGAGGUGCUGAGCAGACAGGAGUCCGACGGGGUCAAACAAAGUGCGAAGAAAAAGGGUUGUGAAGUGGCAAAUGAAGAUGGGGAGAGCUCCACCAGACCACAAGCCAGUUUUGCACGCUCAAAGUCCCAGAGUGCUUUGUGGAAUGCCAUCACGGCGGGGAUGGGGAUCAAAGGCAAAGAGCAGAAGCCCCCCCUGAAUGACCUACGAAGUCCUGAGGAGAUUCUGGCUGACGAUCUUCCUGCAGCAGAUGAACCAGAUGCCACAGAGAAAACGGCUAUCAGAUUAAGAUGUCUGGUGAAGCAACUGGAGAGAGGAGAGGCUUCCCUGACUGACCUCAAGAAAAACCUUGAGUAUGCAGCGUCGGUGUUGGAAUCCGUUUACAUCGAGGAAACAAGGCGUUUGGUGGACACAGAGGAUGAGCUCAGUGACAUCCAGUCAGAGUCGGUGCCCUCAGAGGUGCGCGACUGGCUGGCCUCCACCUUCACCCGUCAGAUGGGCCUGAUGCUGCGACGCAAUGAAGAGAAACCUCGCUUUCGCAGCAUUGUCCACGCCGUCCAGGCUGGCAUAUUUGUUGAGAGGAUGUACCGACGUACCUCUAAUAUGGUGGGACUCAGCUACCCCUCUUCUGUCAUAUCUGUGCUCAAGAAUGUUGACAAGUGGUCGUUUGACGUGUUCGCUCUAAAUGAGGCCAGCGGGGAUCACGCACUUAAAUUCAUAUUCUACGAGUUGCUCACAAGAUAUGACCUCAUUAGCCGUUUCAAGAUCCCGAUCUCUGCGGUGGUGUCAUUCGUGGAGGCCCUUGAAGUGGGAUACAGCAAACACAAAAACCCCUACCACAACCUGAUGCACGCUGCUGAUGUCACACAGACCGUACACUACUUGCUACUCAAGACUGGCAUGGUGCAUUGGUUGACUGAGCUUGAGAUCUUUGCCAUGAUCUUUGCGGCGGCGGUGCACGACUACGAGCAUACGGGGACCACAAACAACUUCCACAUUCAGACAAGGUCAGACACAGCUAUCCUGUACAAUGACCGCUCAGUGCUGGAGAGUCACCAUGUCAGCGCAGCCUACCGCCUACUGCAGGACGACGAUGAGAUGAACAUCCUCUACAACCUCUCCAAGGAUGACUGGAGAGAGCUGCGAGCUCUGGUGGUGGAGAUGGUGCUGGCAACAGAUAUGUCCUGCCACUUCCAGCAGGUGAAGGCCAUGAAAAACUUCCUACAACAACCCGAGGGCCUUGACAAGCCCAAAGCCUUGUCCCUGCUGCUGCACACAGCAGACAUCAGCCAUCCAGCCAAAAGUUGGGACCUCCACCAUCGCUGGACCACCUCCCUACUGGAGGAGUUCUUCAGACAGGGGGACAAAGAAGCAGAGCUCGGCCUGCCGUUCUCUCCACUCUGCGACCGAAAGUCCACAAUGGUGGCACAGUCCCAGAUCGGUUUCAUAGACUUCAUUGUGGUGCCCACCUUCACUGUCCUGACGGACAUGACGGAACGUAUUGUCACGCCGCUCAUUGACGAGGCCUCCCAUGCAGGUUUUGCUGGAUUUAGACGCUCAAGUCUGAACAGUAUCACCUCAGACGACGCCAAGAGGCACAGUGUGAAGAGCAUGGGAUCCGACAGCAGCUCGUCAGGACAAAGCUCUCUGCUGACGGUGGACAUUAAGAACUUCAAGGCUUUGUGGAACGAAGAGGUUUAUCAGAAUAGAGAAAGGUGGAAAGCGCAGGCUGGUAAAGAGGCGGAGGAGAGAGCUAAAAAAGAAGCGGAGGAGCAAGCCCAGCAGGAAGAGGCUAUGGAGCCCCAGGAGAUCGACACAGAAUCAGAACAGCCUGAACCAGAGGAGGACAAAUUGGAGGGGGAGGCGUCCGAGUCGGCAGAGGUCAGCAGACCACCAGAUGGUAACGCAGGGGAGACAGAGCAGGGAGCACAGCCUGGGAGCACCUUACACAAGAAUCCUCCACUGCAGAACGGAGAGUUGUCUGAAGGGGCUGAAUCUCCAGAGGGAGAAGAAAACAAGAACAAAGGAGUGGAUGAGGUAGAGAUGGAAUAAGCCUGCUGUCUUUCAUCUCUCUGUGCUGCUGUCAACCUGAACCUGCAUCUACCCAAAAUGGGAGAACUCAGACUCACAAGGAGGGAAGGCCAUUAGCCGGACUGUGUCGCCCUCUACAGGACACGAAGAAACUGACACCUUCACUUUCCUUUUUCUUUUUUUGUCUCCAUGAUCAAUGUUUGUACUCCCACACUCACCCACGUGCAUUAUUCCUCCCUUCCUGCUUACUAAUGGGUGAGAAUGGUGAUACAGAAGAGGAUUUAAUGACCUUAAGAUGACAGCAGCGAUGGUGUGGAUGUAGAGGAGCAUUCUGAAAGACUGACACUGAUAAAGUUGCUUUUCUUUUUUUUUUGUUUGCCAAUCAUUUACUUCACUGUAAGUUGUAUGUUUAACUCAGCCACAGACAUGUAGCCAUUGUCCCACUUUUCACUGCUUUACUUCUCUGUCAGCACUCUUUAUUAGAUUUUGGCAUCACAAGUAUAGUCGGCGCACAGCAAUUUAUUUUGGUUCUUUACCGAAUUAUACAUUACGAGUGCAGACUUGUGUGAAAUGCAGAAUAGAUGUACAUUAAGAGAGACUAUAACUGCUAAAGAAUGUACAGCAUAUGAGUGAUGUGUGUACAGUGGGGUUAUAUUCACAGGUCUAUAGCAUAACUAUUUUCCUAGCAAGAACUCCUUAAACAAAUCCACUCUAUGUAGAAAACUGUUCCCCUGUGCUUUAAGAGAUCCUGUUGAGAGUCUCUUAUUUUUGAAGAAUCUACAACAUAAAGCCAGCUUUUACCACCAGUUGUGGCUCAUUUUUUUCCCCCAUUAACAUGUUUACUUUCUUAGUGCUUUCCUCAGACAUUGUGCAAUUAUCUAAUGUGAUCCCUGCAGCCAGGUUUAUAUUGUUUUUUGUGGGGGGUUUUUUUGUCCUCUUACCUGUAUAUAUUGAAAGUUUGUAUAUGUGUGGAUCCGAGGAGGAGUAGAAAUCCUGAUUCCACAAUCAACCAACGGAUAUUUUUUUGGAUAUUAUGUAAGAUACUGUAGUGAAAAUUGUCCAAGAAUUAGAAUGCAACUUUUGCAUUUCAAACAUAUCACACACACACAAAUGCAUACGUUUUUGUAAUAUAUAAAAUCUUUUUGUUUACCUUUUUUUUUGUAACAUUCUUAUUUGUUUUGCAUUUGUUACGUCCUAUAUGAAUCAUGUACUAGAUGUGUCUAAUAUCCUCACAAUGUAUGUAAUUUCUUCGUCAAAAGACUUCUUCUCAAUGCCUUCUUAUAUGUAUUUAAGCUGUAGCAAAAAGUCAACAUUGUCGCUGAAUUAGAGAAAAAUCUUCUAUAUGUAUGUUAUUUUUCUUUUGCAGUAUGGUUGUGUUACAGCAGCUUCAACUACGAGGCUGUUGGCGUAAUGUUUCAUCAACGUGUUUACGUGCUCGUACACCUAUUAGCCAGCUGAAUCCAUCAUGCUUUUGUGAUGCAUCCGAGGCUAUGAGUCCAAAUUGUAUCUGCUUCUUGGUUGUUUGCCAGGUUUUUAAGGCUUGUAAUGUUGUGUAUAGGAGAUGCAAAUAUUGCUUAAUGUGCAUAUGUAACAUAUUGAACCUCUGCAACCCUGGUUCAGCUUUUACUAGUUAUAUGUGUAAUUGGAAGAAAAGAAGCAUUUUGGCAGUAUUUGCGUAAUGAUGGAUAUGUUUUCCUUAAAAUUGUGCACUUCUGUUUGUUUUUUUCCUUAUGUUUUCAGUUCUUUUGGCAUGAAAAUCCCCAAAUUUACUGUGCCAAGAUCAAGUUUGUGGCAUGUUAUUUUAAAGUAUACUGUACAUGUGUAUACUGGUACAUAUACUAAUACCUAUAAUAUAUAUGGCGCUCAAAAAGGGAAUAUAAUUGAACACCUUAACAUUUAUAUAAAACUGUAGGAAUUCUUUUUUAGCCUCUUUGUUUUAAUACACGCUCCCAUUUUUAUAUUAUAACAGGAAUUUUAGUAUCAUGCUGGAAUAUAAAGCAGUUUAUCACCUAAUGUAACCACAUGCUACUUUCUACCUAAAAAUACAGUCGGCGGUCAGCAAGCCAUCUGGCUGAAUGUGUGCCUAUAUAUGUACUUUCCAUCUGACACCUUUCACCUGUAGGAAAAGUAAUUUUGUGAUGUCAUUUGAAUCUGUGCUGAUCCAGGUACAGUCAAACAAACCAGUUGAUAUCUUCCUACAAUAUUACACACUAAAGGCUUGAGUAAAGACUUUUAUUUUAGACAAGUCUGUCUGUAAAGUCAGCAGUUUGAUGUUGCAGAAGUAUUUAUAAUGGUAUAUUCUAUGCUAUAUUUUGCUCUUUUUCAUUUAGAAAAAUAUAUUUUAUAGCUUUUUUGUUUUACUGUACUGUUCCUUUUUUUACGACUCUGAGGAUGGAUUGUCAAAAAGUGCGUCUUCGUUGUGUAAUGACAUUUUUGUCUCUCCUUUUUGACUUUUGUUCCUUUUGUGUCUGUUCUUCCUCUUCCACCAGCUCUGAAGUCAGAAAAAAACUCAAAACUGUAAAUUUAAAGUGUAACAAUAUUAGCAAAUUUGAUUUAUAAAUAGAACAAAAACAAAUUGCGUCCUUAAAAUAUCCUGCCUAAUACUUGGGAAAGCAGAAUCUAUUUUCUGUACCAAGGGACCAACACAUGUACAGUCUUGUAGUUUGCUCUAUCUUUCACUUGCUACCGUGCUAGCCUACUGUAUGACUAUUUAACAAGAAUUUAUACCAACCAUAAUCAGAAACAUAGCUGUAUUUAUGACAUGUAAAGACUUCUAAUCAUGGUGUUUUGUAAUGGUUACUAUGGAACAGAUUAUUUGUUGUUUGUUUAAUGCUUUGAUUCCUUGUUUAGUCUGAAUCACUCGUUAAUGACUGAUCUCAAAACUGUUCUAUUGACUGAGGUUAGCUGGAUGUGUGUAUGCGUGUUUGUGUGUGUGUGAGAAACUGCCGAAAAAUACUUAAUGUGCAUUUCUGAUCUCCUCACUGUGACCUGCUCUAUUGAUGAGAGUGUGAUGAGAUGGGUGUGUGCGUAUGUGUGUGCGUGU